UUCGCCCGGCCGGAGCGGAAGAAGACCGGCCGGUGCCCCGGAAGCAGUCACUGCAACUUCCGGAGGGGUUUGUACGCCUGGUGCCGGAGGUCUGGGGCCCCGAGACUGUGUUUGAAGUAGUGGGUGUACCAACAUGUCCCGUGGUUCCAGCGCUGGUUUUGACCGCCACAUUACCAUUUUUUCGCCCGAGGGCCGGCUUUACCAAGUAGAAUAUGCUUUUAAGGCUAUAAACCAGGGUGGUCUUACAUCAGUAGCUGUCAGAGGGAAAGACUGUGCAGUAAUUGUCACACAGAAGAAAGUACCUGACAAAUUAUUGGAUUCCAGCACAGUGACUCACUUAUUCAAGAUAACUGAAAACAUUGGCUGUGUGAUGACUGGAAUGACAGCUGACAGCAGAUCCCAGGUACAAAGGGCACGCUAUGAAGCAGCUAAUUGGAAAUACAAGUAUGGCUAUGAGAUUCCUGUGGACAUGCUGUGUAAAAGAAUUGCUGAUAUUUCUCAGGUCUACACACAGAAUGCUGAAAUGAGGCCACUUGGUUGUUAUUGGUUUGUACUGACUUUAUUAAGGGGGCAUAUACCAGUGGGAAGAGAGAUGAGCAGUAUAAAGACUGCAAUCACAUGCCUGUCUACUGUUCUAUCAAUUGAUUUCAAACCUUCAGAAAUAGAAGUUGGUGUAGUUACAGUUGAAAAUCCUAAAUUCAGGAUUCUUACAGAAGCAGAGAUUGAUGCUCACCUUGUUGCACUAGCAGAGAGAGACUAGACAUUGUCAUUAGUUUACCAAAUCCAUGAUGCCACUUGUCUGUGUGUUUGGUAACAACAAACCAACAUUAUGGAGGCCCUGGAUUGAAAAAGGAACCUCUCCCACUCCUACUACUGAAGUAGUUAGGACUCUGUAUAAAUAAAAACAGUGCUUUUGGAAAAAA